CGCUCCGAUCCGCUCCGUGCCCGGCCCGCGCCGCCCCCCACCCCCACCCCCGGAUGAGCGUAUAUAUUCCGAGCGGGCGCGGGACGCCAAUGAGUGGCCGAGCUGUGGGAGCCGGAGCCGGGUCGAGCUGCCAUCGCUGGGAGAGAGGAGGUUUACAGCUGCAGCAAUCCCACACCUGUUCUCACAAAACUUAGCUGUCAAAGCACUAUGAAUGCUAAUGAGCUCAAACUCAGGUUGUCCAAGGCUGGGCAAGAACACCUGCUGCAGUUCUGGAAUGAGCUGGAAGAAGCUCAACAGGUAGAACUUUAUGAAGAGCUCCAGGCCAUGAACUUCGAGGAGCUGAACUCCUUUUUCCAAAAGGCCAUUGAAGGAUUUAACCAGUCAUCUCACCAAGAAAAAGUGGAUGCACGAAUGGAACCUGUCCCUCGAGAGGUGUUGGGCAGUGCUACCAGGGAUCAAGAUCAGCUCCAGGCCUGGGAAAACGAAGGACUUUCCCAGAUUUCUCAGAACAAAGUGGCAGUUCUUCUUCUAGCUGGUGGGCAGGGGACAAGACUUGGAGUUGCAUAUCCCAAGGGGAUGUAUGAUGUUGGUUUGCCAUCCCAUAAGACACUUUUUCAAAUUCAAGCCGAACGUAUCUUGAAACUACAGCAGUUAGCUGAAAAAUGUUGCGGCAACAAAUGCAUCAUUCCAUGGUACAUAAUGACCAGUGGCAGAACAAUGGAAUCUACGAAGGAGUUCUUCACAAAGCACAAGUACUUUGGUUUGAACAAAGAAAAUGUGAUCUUUUUUCAGCAGGGAAUGCUGCCUGCUAUGAGUUUUGAUGGGAAAAUAAUUUUGGAAGAGAAAAAUAAAGUCUCUAUGGCUCCAGAUGGAAAUGGUGGUCUCUAUCGGGCUCUUGCAGCCCAGAACAUUGUUGAGGAUAUGGAGCAAAGAGGCAUUUGGAGCAUUCAUGUCUAUUGUGUGGACAACAUAUUGGUAAAGGUUGCAGAUCCACGAUUCAUUGGAUUUUGUAUUCAGAAAGGAGCCGACUGUGGGGCAAAGGUGGUAGAGAAAACGAACCCUACAGAGCCAGUUGGAGUGGUUUGCCGAGUGGAUGGAGUGUACCAGGUGGUGGAAUACAGCGAGAUUUCUCUAGCAACAGCUCAGAAACGAAGCUCAGAUGGACGACUGGUAUUCAACGCGGGGAACAUUGCCAAUCACUUCUUCACUGUUCCAUUUCUGAGAGACGUGGUCAAUGUGUAUGAACCUCAAUUGCAGCACCAUGUGGCACAAAAGAAGAUUCCAUAUGUGGAUUCCCAGGGGCAGUUAAUUAAGCCAGACAAACCAAAUGGAAUAAAGAUGGAAAAAUUUGUCUUUGACAUCUUCCAGUUUGCAAAGAAGUUUGUGGUGUAUGAAGUAUUGCGGGAAGAUGAGUUUUCCCCACUGAAGAAUGCAGACAGCCAGAAUGGGAAGGACAACCCUACGACCGCCAGGCAUGCCUUGAUGUCCCUUCACCAUUGCUGGGUCCUCAAUGCUGGGGGCCACUUCAUAGAUGAAAAUGGCUCUCGUCUUCCAGCAAUUCCCCGCAGUGCUUCAAAUGGAAGGUCAGAGACCAUCAGAGCUGAUGUCAAUCAAAAUUUGAAGGAUGCCAAUGAUGUGCCCAUCCAGUGUGAAAUCUCUCCCCUCAUCUCCUAUGCUGGUGAAGGAAUUGAAAGCUAUGUGGCAGAUAAGGAAUUCCAUGCCCCUUUAAUCAUUGAUGAGAAUGGAGUCCAUGAGCUGGUGAAGAAUGGCAUAUGAACUGUAUACUGAGUUCUACCACUAGAAGGAAUAGCUUUUAUUUUUGAUAGACAAACUGUGAACUACCGGACUUCUGGAAGAUUGAUAUUUGAACACUCAUGGGGUUUCAUAAUUACUACAGACUUCCUAAGAUCUAGACAACUGAACUGCAGAUAGCAUUUUUAUGAUCCAAUUCAAUGAAAGUCUUAUUUAUAUUUUUUAAUUGUAUGAUUUUUUUCAAGCCAAGGAAAACGCUGGCCAUCCAUGAAAUUUCCUACAGCUUAACUCUUAGGUUGUUCAACAUCCCUUUACUUGGAGCUGGAACCAUUUGUUUGGAGUUGUACAUAGUAAUAAUAUGUCAUUGUACAUGUCAGAAAGUUUUUAUGGUACUAAAUUUUGUUUUAUUUUAUCAGGUAUUAAACUUUUUUAAGAAAAUAAUUGGACAUCCAAAUAAACAUUCCUUAUCGUG